UUACUAUCCAAUAACAAGAAUACUUGCACUUUCGUGACAGCGUCACUCGCACACCCAUAUUUAGUAGGCAUACCAUUUUAGAGAACAAACCUGUUAGACACGAAGAGCCUGAGAGAGUUUAUUAAUAUAUAUUUUUUAACGACGACAACAAAUUCAGGCAUUCAACUUCGUUUGAGUGAUGGCGUGUGGCGGGUUUACGUCCGCUCCGGUUUGUUUUAUUGAAAACGAUGAAAAUGGGAAGCUGCGUGUGAGAAAAGAGGCCAAAGACAUUCUGGAUGGGAUCAAGGACCCGGUGGUGGUGGUGUCUGUGGUGGGACUCUACCGUACUGGGAAAUCUUACCUCAUGAACCGCCUGGCAAGACAACAGACAGGCUUUGCUCUCGGCAACACUAUUGAAUCAAAAACCAAAGGUAUCUGGAUGUGGUGUGUUCCUCACCCUAAUAAAAAAGGACACACUCUGGUGCUGCUGGACACAGAGGGACUUGGGGAUGUAAAGAAGGGGGAUGAGAAACAUGACACAUGGAUCUUCUGUCUGGCUGUUCUUCUCAGCAGCACUCUAGUGUACAACAGCUUAGGAGUCAUUGAUAACAUGGCACUGGAAAAGCUGCACUAUGUUACAGAACUGACGGAGAACAUUCGUGUGAAGGCAGAAGAGAGUCAAGAUGAGAAUGAGUCAGCAGAUUUCAUGAGUGUUUUUCCAUCUUUUGUCUGGGCUGUUCGUGACUUCACUCUGCAACUGAAAAAGGAGGAUAAACCAAUAACAUCAGACGAUUAUCUGGAGGGUGCAUUGGAAUUAAAAAAUGGUAGCUCACCUCAGACUGUGCAGUAUAACCUGCCACGCCGCUGUCUGCGGAAUUUCUUUGCGGAGAGGAAGUGCUUUGUCUUCCCUCGACCUGCUAGUACACAAAACAUGUGGAAAAUGGAGGAGUUGACUGAGAAAGAACUGGACUCAAAGUUCCUUGAGCAGGCAAACACCUUCUGUCAUUACAUCUACAACAAUUCAGAGACAAAAACUGUCAGUGGCAGUCGUACAAUUACUGGAACAGCUCUGGGUAAUCUUGCUGAGGUUUAUGUUGAGGCGAUCCGCAGCGGGAAGAUUCCGUGUCUGGAAAACGCAGUGGUGUCUCUUGCUAAGAUCCAGAAUGUCCGUGCAGUGGAGGAGGCCCUGCAGCUCUACAUGACAGAGAUGUUCAACUCAGUUCAGCUUCCAAUGUGCCCAGAAGAGCUGUCCAACAUCCACACAGAUGCAGAGAAGGCGGCCAUUGAAGUUUUCAUCACUGUGUCCUUCAAUGACAAUGGCCAGAUCUACCAAAAAGAGCUCAUGGGAAAGAUUAAUGAUGAAUAUCAACAGAUGUGCCAGCAGAAUUAUGAUGCAUCUCGCAUGCAGUGUGAGGAAGUUCUGCAUGAUGUGUUUGAUGCAUUGGAAAAAGGAAUUUCUGACGGAUCAUACCUGAAGCCUGGAGGAUCCCAAAAGUACAUAGACAUGUUCAGACAGCUGGCAGAAGAGUACAGAGCAAGAACAGGCUCACAAAUAAUGAGUGAAGAAGUGUUGAGCAAGUUUUUGAAGACAAAAGAAAAUAUUGGAAAAAUGAUUCUACAAGCUGAUCAAUCUCUCAGUGCAGCAGAACAGGAGAAAGAGGGGGAGAAGAUGAAGACAGAGAUUCUAAAGCAGCAGAAAAAAAGCCUAAAGAAACAGAACUGGUUACAGGAGCAGAUGUUUAAAGACAUGCAGAGAACCCAUGAUGAGCAUGUGAUUCAGAUCACUCAUCAGAUGGAAAGAGAGCAGGACAGAAUGAGAAGAGACAAUAAACGAGUCAUUGAAGCCAAACUGAGAGAAAGUCAAGCUCUUCUAAAUAUGGGCUUCCAGAGGGAGGCUGCCCGGAUGCAGAGUGAGAUUAACAGAUUGAAAGCAGACAUGGAUAAAGAGAAAUCAUCACAACACUCCAAAUUUGGCCAGGUUUUGAAUUGUAUCGGCAUUGCAACAACAGCCCUUGCACCAGGCUUCACCCCUAAACUGGUUGGUGUUGGUAUUUCCAUGGCAUCAAAUUUUGUUUGAAUACAAGCUUAUUCACACACACCUAAACCUAUAUAACAGUUGAAUCAGAAUUACAGCAGUUUGUCAUUCCUUUAGUCAGUGAAUUAGUCAAAUCAGUUCAUAGGCAUUGCUUACUCACAAGAUGCCAAUUAUUUUGAAAGACCAGUAUAUUAACCUCUAAGCAAGAACCAACAUUUGUCAUGAACAAAGCUGUUACCAAGUUAUUCAGGACAUGGGCCCUUUGUAACUUUAAACAAUUUAUGCAAUGUAUGUAAUGUUAGAUUUUGUUGUAUAUUUUUGUUAUAUUUUAUUUGUUUUCUAUGUGAAUACUACUGAUAGACCUACAGUAUAUAUCAACCAGGCUGAAGAACUGGCUGAAUAUCAUUGUCAACUGAUAACUGUGUACAGCUUACCGAUUAUUAAAAGCUCUCUGUAAUGUUAGUGCCAAAAUCUAUCAACAGCACUUUCAUCAGAUAAUAAAGACGUUUUUUUUACUUUUAAGUGAAUUUUGUGAAUCUCAGCACAAUAUUUAGUUUUGAGUUUUUAGCCUAGGCAUAUAAUUGAAGGAAGAUAAUAAUACGUUUUAAUUUAAAUGGGUCAUAUGAUGCAAUUUCAAGUUUUCCUUUUUUUGUGCAUAGAUAAGAUCCCUAAAGAUGCAAAGACUAAAAUCUCAAACCCAAAGAGAUCUUCUUUAUAAAGUUUAAGACCUGUCCACGUCCUCCUAAAAUGCCUUGUUUAAACAUGCCCCCACAUGUCUAUGUCAAUGUGUGGGAAGAUUUGCAUAACACUGCCCAAAUAUUCAUGCAAAGAAAUAAGGCCGAUUCUCACUGUUGUAUUGUUGCUGCAGAUAAAAUGAGUUCUGAUGACAGAACCAUUGAAUUAUGUGAUCCUUAAAUAAUUUUUAAUUAUUGUAAAGGACUGUAAAAAAAAACAGUGCAAUGCACUGCAAAUUCUUUGAACUGAGACA